UUAGAAAAGAUCAAUAAACACUAGUUAAAAGGCUAGCUGAGCCCUCAAUAUCAAAUAUACCGAGGCUGGGGAUUUUGAAGCUCCGUAGUUUAUUUGAACGCAGUGCAAUUGAUUGGGUUUACAGUGAAGCGAGGAGGAAGUGGUAAAAAUGGCAGCUAACAACGUGUUGGUCUGUGAUAAUGGAACCGGAUAUGUUAAGUGUGGUUUUGCUGGCGAAAAUUUCCCAACAUCAGUAUUUCCUUGCAUUGUUGGUCGGCCAAUGUUACGAUAUGAAGAGUCAUUGAUAGAAAAAACAUUAAAGAACAUUGUUGUAGGGGAAGCAUGCGCAAGUCUUCGCCACCAGCUUGAAAUCUCUUAUCCUGUUAAUAAUGGCAUCAUCCAAAAUUGGGAUGAUAUGGGCCAUAUCUGGGAUCAUGCUUUUUAUAAUGAGUUGAGGAUUGACCCAGCAGAGUGUAAGAUUUUACUGACAGAUCCACCUCUUAAUCCUUCUAAAAACCGUGAAAAAAUGAUUGAAACAAUGUUUGAGAAGUAUGACUUUGCAGGUGUUUACAUUCAGAUUCAAGCUGUUCUGACACUGUAUGCUCAAGGGCUGUUGACUGGUCUAGUUAUUGAUUCUGGUGAUGGUGUGACUCAUGUGGUACCUGUUGUUGAUGGAUAUUCCUUCCCACAUCUCACAAAACGCAUGAACAUAGCUGGUCGUCAUAUUACCUCAUAUCUUUUAGAUCUUCUUCUUCGUCGUGGAUAUGCGUUAAAUAGAACUGCAGAUUUUGAGACUGUUAGGGAAAUAAAGGAACAACUUUGCUAUGUUAGUUAUGACUACAAGCGUGAGUAUCAAUUAGGACUGGAAACAACUAUCCUGGUAAAGAACUAUACGCUGCCAGAUGGACGGGUGAUAAAGAUCGGCACUGAACGUUUUCAAGCGCCCGAAGCUCUUUUCUCCCCAGAGCUUAUAGAUGUGGAAGGAGAUGGCAUGGCAGAUAUGGUAUUCCGCUGUAUUCAAGAAAUGGACAUAGACAAUCGCAUGACUCUCUACCAACACAUUGUUCUUAGCGGAGGAAGUACAAUGUAUCCUGGCUUGCCAAGCAGGUUAGAAAAAGAAAUACAGGAUCGUUAUCUUCAAGUUGUAUUGAAGGGAAAUAAGGAUGGGCUUAAGAAAUUGCGACUAAGAAUUGAGGAUCCACCCAGGCGGAAACAUAUGGUUUAUCUGGGAGGUGCUGUUCUUGCUGGGAUAAUGAAGGAUUCACCUGAGUUUUGGAUAAGCAGACAAGAAUACCAAGAAGAAGGAGUUGGGUGUUUGAGGAAAUGUGGUCAAGCAUGAUUUGUAGAUAUCAUGUAAUAUUGGAUGGAUAUUUGUAGAGACAUGCAAUUUCAGAUAAGCCAGAUUAUACCAUCUCAGGUGUUAUUAAAGGGCCUUCCGCAUUUGGUUUUGCAAUUUUAGAUGCAAUAAGGUCUGCCUUUUGCUGGUUGUGCAAUUCCCCAAAAUUUCAAUCCAAGAAUGUAACAAUGUUUUAUUGUAAGUGAACAUUUUACAUUUCAAAUUUGUCACAUAUAAUUAUAAUUUUAUUUUUGUUA